AUGUGCUUUUGGGAGGUGGUUGGCCAGUGGUGCUUGGAACUAGCCGGAACUGCCCUAAAUAGCUUCUGUCCGGUCGAGACGCUACUGCUGACAAAGUUUGGUGGAAAGAGGAGGUCAAGAAGGUGGCGAACUGGUGGAGGAUUGAUUUAUGCUUCUUGGGGCCGGUUCUUGGGAUUCUGCCGCCGGUUCCGGACUCUUGGGGUCAAGGUCUUUGAGAAAGGCCAGGCGCGACCUAUUUUCCCACGCAAAUUGCCUCACAUUCUUGUUACUGAUGUGGCUGGAGAGGUUGUAGAAGUUGGAGAAGGAGUCAAGAACUUCAAAGUGGGUGACAAAGUUGUGGCGAUGCUCAGCUAUGGUAAUGGAGGUGGACUCGGUGAGUUUGCUGCAGCUAAUGCCGAAAUGGUAGUUGCUAGGCCUUCCGAAGUUUCAGCGGCAGAAGGUGCAGGCUUACCCGUUGCUGCUCUCUCUGCUCACUGGGCUCUCACCAAAGAUGCAGAGAUUAAGCUUGAUGGAACAGGCAAGCAGAAGAACAUACUCAUUACCGGUGCCUCUGGUAACGUCGGUCUCUAUGCAAUCCAACUAGCAAAGCUCGAAAACGCUCAUGUCAUCGCCACUUGUGGAGCUCGUAACAUUGAACUAGUCAGGAGCUUAGGGGUAAAUGAGGUUCUUGACUACAAGACCCCUGAAGGGGAAGCUGUCAAGAGCCCAUCUGGUCGGAAAUAUGAUUUCGUGAUCCAUUCUGCAUCACAAGCCAUUCCUUGGUCAGUUUUUGAGCCGAAUUUGAGCACAAAUGGCAAAGUUAUAGACCUUACUCUUGGCCCGAGCUCAUUGUUUACUUUUGUUCUUAAGAAACUCACCUUCUCCAAGAAGACACUGGUGCCAUUGAUCAUAAGUCUUAAGGGUGAGAACCUGGAUUGUCUUGUUAAGUUGGUGAAGGAAGGAAAGCUCAAGACAGUGAUCGACUCAAGUUUUCCUUUAAGCAAGGCUGAAGAUGCUUGGGCUAAGAGACUUGAUGGCAAUAAUACUGGGAAGAUCAUUGUGGAGCAUUAA